GGCGGCGCUGUGUGCGCAUGCGUUGAGUCUUACGUUUGUUUACGGAAGUGUUUGUUGUUCCGUUGGAGGGAGUUUUAAACUGGGGUUUAUGAAGAAUAAACUCACAAAAACGUGUAAAAUCGGAAAACAGGAGUCUUUACGGACACUUCACCUCAUGACGGCGCUUAAAAGGCCGGGAAAAGUUUAUCGGUGAGGGGCAGUCUGGAUUUGUGUGCAGCAGGUGAUCAGCAUGGAAAGUGCAGUAGUGUUUGGUAAGACGAUGAUGCACACAAUGCAGCCCCCUCUUCCUUUAAGCCCUGCCCACCUUCCAAUCCAGUGCCCAGAGCUCGACCUGUCCGUCACACUCAGCCCAGAACGGCCUGCAGCUUUAGCCGGAGCUCUGAAGAAAAAAGGCAAACACACACGACCACGACAGGUGCGCUUUGAUGUGAACCCAGAGUCCCGUACCAAACCCUCGGCCCCCUGUGAAGCACGCUCAUUGGGAACACUUCCCAUCACCAAGGCAACUCCACAACCCUGCAGCAACCAGUCAGCUCCCGGGAAACCUCACAGCAAGAGAAAAGAGGGUUCACAAACAGAUGGUGGGUGUGGCCAGUUCCAGCCCUAUGUUUCAGCUCAGACUGACGGACAGCUAGACGAAGGGGCGGAGCUUAACACCACUCUGGCUCUAAAGGCAGAGAUACAGAAACUGGAGGAGGCAGAGUUUGACCCUAAUGAGGCUGUGCGGGAAAAGCUGCAGCGCUCAACGCUCACUCAGGAAUACAUAAGGGCCAGAGCAUCAGAAGCAUUGAAUUUUCCACGCUCUCAGAACCUGUAUCAGGGGUUGGUCAGCGUCAGUCUAUCACACGACGAGAUCAUCAAUCAGGUGCUGCAGGAUAGGCCAUCGCUAGCCCUGCCCACAGCCAGCUUUAAGUCCCGUCCUCGUUCAGCAGAGGGUCCUGACCUGCUGACCUUCUACAGUCCACAGCUACUCUUUAGAGAGAUGCCACUGUUGCCAGGCGACCAAAUCCCCCUGCCCCGCCUUCGACCUGAACCCCGUCCUGCCCACACAACUUUUCACCUCCAUCAGCGGCACAGACAGUGGGAGGCAUGACCUUAUUUGCAUCACUUCCUGUGUAGGUCAAUGGACAGAAACAUGGUUAGUGUUUAAACUCACGUUAUUAUCUAUCAUCUCUAUUAGAGACAGUGUUGAUGAUAUUGAAGAUGAAAAUGAUGAUGAUGAUGAUGAAGGUCCACAAGUAAACCUGCACAAACUGUGAGCAAUAUUAAUGUGUGUGUUUGUGUUUUAUCUAAAUGUACAGUAGUUUGAAUAAUUAAUAAAUGUGCUAUAUUUAA